AUGUGCCACACCAGCUGCUGCUCAGGCUGCCCGCCAGCCUGCUGUGCACCUGCGAGCUGCCAGGCUGCCUACUACGUGCCCGUGAGCUGCAGGCCCACUGUGUGCACGCCCGUGACCUACAAGUUGGCUUUGUGCGUGCCCGUGAGCUGCAGGCCCGUCGUCGUGUGCGUGGCCCCCUCCUGCCGGCCCUCUUGCCCCUCCCUGCUCUGCAGCACGCCCACCUGCUGCUGA